AUGAUAAUCUUGGCUCUGGAAACUAGUUGCGAUGAAACCAGCAUCGCAAUUUUAGAAAAUAAAAAAGUUCUUAGCAAUAUUACUAUUUCUCAAAUAUUAGAACAACAAAAAUAUGGUGGGGUAAUGCCGAGUUUGGCGGCUAAAUUACAUAUCAAAAAUAUUCAAAAAGUUCUCUCUAAUGCCUUAUCCAAAGCCAAAAUUUCCCCUGACAAAAUUGAUUACAUUGCUUAUACCGAAAAGCCCGGACUGAUUAUUUGUCUCCAAAUUGGCAAAAUAGUCGCUGAAACUCUCUCUUUAUACCUAAAUAAACCCCUCAUUCCCGUCAAUCAUUUAGAAGGACAUAUCUAUGCUAAUAAUUAUUUUGAAUUUACUCUACGAGGAGAAACUUUGGAUGAUGCGAUUGGCGAAUGCUUGGACAAAUCGGCUAUUUUAUUGGGAUAUAAUUAUCCGGGGGGGUCAAUUAUCGAAAAACUGGCCUUGAAAGGAAAUAAUACUUAUAAAUUACCUUUUCCAAAAAAUGAUGAAAGUUUAGAUUUUAGUUUUAGUGGUUUAAAAAGUGAAAUUAGUCGGCUAGUUAGUAAGGAAAAAGAAAACAUAAAUGCUAAUAAUUUGGCUCGUUCUUUACAAGCAAUUAUUAUUGGAAUUGUGGUGGGAGCCUUUGUGUUAGGGAGAGCAACCGUCCAAAAUAACUCGUCCGAACCAAAAAAUCCAUCCAAUUUUCCUCCCAAUCAGGAAAAUCCUCCCCAGCCACCUAACAACCCACCCCACAAGCCCAGUUCUCCCACCGACCCGAAUCAAUUACAAUUUAAGAUUACUUAUCAUGUUGUAUUAGGACAAAAUCAUAUGUACUACACUAGUGGCGGUGAUGUCAAAGUUAUUUUAAUUGACAAAGAAAACCCAAUCUUUCUUAAUAAGGAACUAACAAAAAGAGGAAAUCAUUACACCAUUACUUUUUUUGCCAAAGACGCGGGGAAAUAUGAAAGUCAAUUUUAUGAUUAUUAUUUUGACAAGAACAAUAAUAAUUUCACUUUAAAGCCAUAUCAAAAGCAGGAAACUGAAAUAAAAGUUAGGUUUGUUGGACUUAUGGCAAAAAAAAAAUUAGCACCUAUCCAUCCCGGAGAAAUAUUACGGGAAGAAUUAUUAAUCCCUUUAAAUAUUAGUCCCCAAGAAUUAGCCCAAGGAAUCAAAGUUCCUAAAGAGCAAGUUAAAUGA